AUGCGAUCCUUUGCCUUGGCGUCUGCCUUGGCGACGCUCGCGGCCUUUGCCUUGGCGACGCCUACUCUGACGGACUUGGAGCAGCCUCACAAGCGGGCCUCGCUCCCUACGGUCACUGCCUCAGGCAAUGCUUUCUGGCAAGACAAGACGCGCUUCUACAUCCGGGGAAUCGACUACCAGCCCGGCGGCUCGUCGGCCAUGAAGGAUCCCCUGGCCGACUCCACAACCUGUCUGCGCGACAUUGCCGAGUUCAAGAAGCUGGGUGUCAACACGAUCCGAGUCUAUAUAACAGAUAACUCGGCCAACCAUGACACGUGCAUGAACGCCCUCGCCGACGCGGGUAUCUACGCCAUUAUUGAUGCCAACAACCCGCUGUUCUCGAUCAAUCGCUACGACCCGGUCCCGUCGUAUAACGCCAUGUAUCUGCAGAGCGUCUUUGCCACGGUUGACGAGUUUAUCCAGUACGACAACCUGCUCGCCUUCUUCUCGGGCAACGAGGUGAUCAACGACAAUGUGACGAGUACCCUGUCAGCCCGCUACGUCAAGGCCACGACGCGCGACAUGCGCCAGUACAUUGCCAACCGCGGCUACCGAAAGGUCCCGGUUGGCUACUCGGCCGCCGACGUGUCCCAGAACCGCAUGCAGAUGGCUCAGUACAUGAACUGCGGCACCGACGACGAGCGGAGCGACUUCUUUGCUUUUAACGAUUAUUCGUGGUGCAACACAAACUUUCAGGUGUCUGGCUGGGACCAGAAGGUCAAGAAUUUCACUGGCUACGGCCUCCCCAUCUUCCUGUCCGAGUAUGGUUGCACAACCAACGGCCGCGACUUUGGCGAAGUUGCGGCUCUCAUGAACAGCGAGAUGACUGGCGUUUAUUCGGGUGGCCUCAUGUACGAGUACGCAUUGGAAGACAAUGGGUUCGGCAUUGUUAAGAUCUCGAGCUCAGGAGUGCAGGAGCAAGGCGACUUUGCCAAGUUUGCAAAGGCUCUCUCUGCGAACCCGGCACCUACUGGGGACGGCGGCUUUACUUCGACGACUAAGUCCCAGCCUUGCCCUACAAAGGACGCGAACUGGCUGGUUGACUCUACUCUGCUCCCCGAGAUUCCCAGCGGUGCCAAGGCUUUCAUGAACAGUGGCGCUGGAAAGGGCCCUGGCCUGACGGGCGAUGGAUCCCAAAACGCUGGCCCUGCUAGCAUCAGCGACGCGUCCCCGGGAUCCGGUGCCGCCACGGCAACGCCCACCCACAGCAAGAACGCGGCGGGCAUUACCACUGUCGGAGCUGUGGACAAGGCGCCACUCAUCCUCACGGCGCUAGUCUUUGUUCUGACCCUGAGCGGAACUCUGCUGCUCUGA